GUCUUUCUCAUACGAGGCUCCCAUCCCCCCAGAACACCGUAGGCAUACCCAAAGCCAUCAUGCCUCAGAACCUUUUCUCUAUAACAAUAUUCUUUGUCACUUUCCGCGAAACCCUUGAGGCAGCGAUCAUCGUGUCAGUCCUACUUGGUCUGGUCAACCAAAUCGUCAAGGGGGACCCCGACACAACGCCGGAAUCCAGAUCGCAGUUGACCGGGUUUGUACACGAUGUAAUUAGCCCAACUGUGCACUGAGAUGCACUCCAAACAGCAUGCCUAAUGAACAGGUCGAACCGCAAAUGCGCACCAAGAUCGUGCGACGAAUGAAGAUGCAGAUUCUGUUGGGGUCUGCUGUUGGCCUCACCAUUGCCAUAGCCAUAGGCGGCGCCUUCAUUGCUGUGUGGUUCACUCAGGCUAAGAACUUGUGGACCAAAGCUGAGCAAUUAUGGGAAGGUAUGCAUAAAUGGCUGUUAAGGAGAGUGAAACAUUAACGGUUUAUAUUAGGUG